UGAAACAAAAGUCUGCACUUAAACACAUCUCAAAAUACAAAGAUAAUUCUGCUGAAAUACUUAAGAUAAAUCUCGUUUUUCUUAUAAAUAGCUAAAAAUACAAGCUAGCACAUACAAUUCAAGAUGAUUCCUCUACCUAUACUUUUAGUGUUAGCUGUCGCAACAUCCAUCAAGGCUGAAGUCUCUCCGGAUAUUAUAGCAGUUCCCAAUGGUUUAAGUGGAAAGGGAAUUACCACUAGAUACUGGGAUUGCUGCAAACCAUCAUGUGCUUGGGCAGACAAUGUCAACACGCCUGAUAAACAACCUCUUAAGUCGUGCAGAGUUGAUGGAGAAGCUGUAGCCCCACCUAAUGAUCCGUCUGGAUGUGAUAUAAAUGGUUCUUCGUUUGUAUGUAACAACAACCAACCGUAUGUGGUUAACUCCACUUUAUCCUAUGGUUUUGCUUCUGCUUCCUUUUCCGGUGGUAUUGAUACUAGCAUGUGUUGUUCCUGCAUGUUACUAAAUUUUGAGGGUCAGCUGAAAGGAAAGCAAUUCUUGGUUCAACUCACUAACUCUGGUGAAGAGUAUCAGACCAACCAAUUUGAUCUCGGUAUCCCUGGAGGUGGAGUAGGUUUAUUCCCCAAAGGGUGUACUGCUCAGUGGAACGCUCCCAGUACUGGUUGGGGUGACUUAUACGGAGGAGUCCAUACUGAAGAAGAGUGUAACGAGCUUCCUGAAGUUUUACAACCAGGAUGCAAAUGGAGGUUUACAUUUAUGGAAGGCGUUUCUAACCCCGAAGUGACAUUUUAUCAAGUACAAUGUCCAAGGGAACUUGUUGAAAGAAGUGGUUGUGUAUUGUAAAUAGAAUGAGAUAGAUACAAUAAAAGUUAUGAAAAUAA